ACUUCCGGCAGAGAGGGCUUGGCCCCCAGAGAGGGCGGGGAGAUGACACAGUUGUUCCCCCAGCCCCGCGGGGCGGGCAGCAUGGUUCACUCCAGCAUGGGGGCUCCAGAAAUAAGAAUGUCUAAGCCCCUGGAGGCCGAGAAGCAAGGUCUGGACUCCCCAUCAGAGCACACAGACACCGAAAGAAAUGGACCAGACACUAACCAUCAGAACCCCCAGAAUAAGACCUCCCCAUUCUCCGUGUCCCCAACUGGCCCCAGCACCAAGAUCAAGGCUGAAGACCCCAGUGGCGACUCAGCCCCAGCAGCACCCCCGCCCCCCCAGCCGGCUCAGCCGCAUCUGCCCCAGGCCCAACUCAUGUUGACGGGCAGCCAGCUAGCCGGGCUCACGGCGCUGAUGCCAGCUCAGCAGCAGCUCCUCCUGCAACAAGCGCAGGCCCAACUCCUGGCCGCCGCCGCCGCCGCCGCCGCCUCCUCCACCUCCUCCUCCUCCUCCUCCUCCUCUUCCUCCUCCUCUGCCUCCUCCUCCACCUCGCAGCCCCCAGCCUCCUCCGGGGGAGGCGACCUGCCGCCACCACAGCCUGCCAGCCAGCCCCCCGGGACCCCACAGCUCACCCUGUCCCAGCCCAUCCAGCUCACAGCACAGGACAUACAGCAGCUCCUCCAGCUCCAGCAGCUGGUGCUUGUGCCGGGUCACCACCUCCAGCCACCUGCUCAGUUCCUGCUGCCGCAGGCCCAGCAAAGUCAGCCAGGCCUGCUACCAACACCAAAUCUAUUCCAGCUACCUCAGCAAACCCAGGGAGCUCUUCUGACCUCCCAGCCCCGGGCAGGGCUGCCCACACAGCCCCCCAAAUGCUUGGAGCCACCAUCCCACCCCGAGGAGCCCAGUGACCUGGAGGAGCUCGAGCAGUUCGCCCGUACCUUCAAGCAACGCCGCAUCAAGCUUGGCUUCACGCAGGGUGACGUGGGCCUGGCCAUGGGCAAGCUCUACGGCAACGACUUCAGCCAGACGACCAUCUCUCGCUUUGAGGCCCUCAACCUGAGCUUCAAGAAUAUGUGCAAACUCAAGCCCCUCCUGGAGAAGUGGCUCAACGACGCAGAGACUAUGUCUGUGGACUCAAGCCUGCCCAGCCCCAACCAGCUGAGCAGCCCCAGCCUGGGUUUCGACGGACUCCCCGGCCGGAGACGCAAGAAGAGGACCAGCAUCGAGACAAACGUCCGCUUCGCCUUAGAGAAGAGUUUUCUAGCGAACCAGAAGCCUACCUCAGAGGAGAUCCUGCUGAUCGCCGAGCAGCUGCACAUGGAGAAGGAAGUGAUCCGCGUCUGGUUCUGCAACCGGCGCCAGAAGGAGAAACGCAUCAACCCCUGCAGCGCGGCCCCCAUGCUGCCCAGCCCGGGCAAGCCGGCCAGCUACAGUCCCCAUCUGGUCACACCCCAAGGGGGUGCCGGGACCCUGCCGUUGUCCCAAGCUUCCAGCAGUCUGAGCACAACAGUUACUACCUUAUCCUCAGCUGUGGGGACACUGCACCCCAGCCGGACAGCUGGAGGGGGUGGGGCCGGGGGCGGAGCCGCGCCCCCCCUCAAUUCCAUCCCCUCUGUCACUCCCCCACCCCCGGCCACCACCAACAGCACAAACCCCAGCCCUCAAGGCAGCCACUCGGCUAUCGGCUUGUCGGGCCUGAACCCCAGCACGGGAAGCACAAUGGUGGGGUUGAGCUCCGGGCUGAGUCCAGCCCUCAUGAGCAACAACCCUUUGGCCACUAUCCAAGCCCUGGCCUCUGGUGGAACCCUGCCCCUUACCAGCCUUGACAGCAGCGGGAACCUGGUGCUGGGGGCAGCUGGCGCGGCCCCAGGGAGCCCGGGCCUGGUGACGUCACCACUCUUCUUGAACCACGCCGGGCUGCCCCUGCUCAGUGCCCCGCCUGGCGUGGGCCUGGUCUCGGCAGCUGCCGCAGCCGUGGCGGCCUCCAUCUCCAGCAAGUCUCCUGGCCUCUCCUCCUCCUCCUCCUCCUCCUCCUCCUCGUCCUCGUCCUCCUCCUCCACUUGCAGUGAGGCAGCAGCACAGACCCCUGGAGGCCCAGGGGGGCCCGAGGCAGGGUCCAAAACGGAGUGAGGGCCUGCCGUGCCUCCCCUCCUACUCCUCUGACCACUGCCUCUGUCCCCCACCUGGCCUGGGAAGAGGGCGAGGAGGCCAGUGGUGGGGGCGCAGAGGGUCCUCGGAGCAGGAGUGACAAGGGAGGAAAGACCAAAACAAACAAACGAAAAGAACAACAACAACAAAAACCAACCAACCAACCAACCAAAAAAAGAAAAAGAAAAGAAACCAACCAACAGAAAAGAAAACCAAAAAUAAUCACAAAGAACCAGCUGCCCCAAAAGAACCAGAGGUGACAAAACAAACAAAAAAAACCAAAAACAAAAUCCCUCACCAAACCAAACAAACCAAAAACCAGUCUUGAGCCAGACCUCAGUGUGCUCACCCUCACUGCUACGACACCAAAUAAGAACCCCAGCCGGGGGCAGAGAAGCCUCGGCAGGGCGGACCUCACGCAAGCCCCUGGCUGUGGGGCCAGAGAAGGAAAAAGAGAAUGUGCCAGCCUCCCAGCCCCAGCCCCCAGCCCUGGGCCAGCGAGGGCAGGGCACAGCCUGGGGCCGACGGGUGGGCCCAGAACCACCCGCGAAAUAUUCUUUUCCAGAAGGUGAAAGAGAAAGGGCCUGAACAACCUUACACCAAAUAUUCAGUAGCUUCAUCCAAAGGAUGUACAGUUUUUAGCGUUGUGCUCAACAGAAUGUGUCCCUAUCAUGUGUCCCCUCUCCCUUGGCUCUCAGCUCUCCCCUCCUGGGCAGGGGGUCUCGCUUUAACCUCCUCCCUCCCCGCCAGGGGAGAGUUCAGGGGAAGGCCUGGGAUGACUUUUCACCCUUUGUACCUCCCCCUUUUCCCUUUGAAGGGUGGGCUAGGCCGUUUUGCCAAGUUCUAGCUCUCACAUGACCCCCCUCCCCCCGUCCCCUCCUCUGCCCUGGCAUCUUCCCCUAUCCCUAGCCCAUGGGAAGGUGGAAGUGUCAGGCAAGAGGGAAUGAGGUGAGGGCAUUCAAAUUGUCUUUUUUUCCAUCCUCGUCUGUCAGUUUCCCUGAAAAAAAAAAAAAAUUCAUAUUCCAGUGCCUAUCCGUGGGAUCCUUCACGUUCUUUGACAUUGACCAGAAACCAAAAAGAGAACUCACCUCGCUCUUCCCACCCUGUACCCCUCCAACACUGGCAGAUGCCUCUUCCUCUCCCCCUACACACGCACACACGCACCCACGCACCCCAGUGGUGGGGUUCCUCAAGAUGGCGUCCCCAUCAGGGUCCAUGUGGCGGGGACAGUGCCAUGACCUGUGGUCCCCAUCCGAGAGGGUGCUGUGGUGGCCACCACUCCCACGAGACCUCCCUCGAGUCUUGGCUGGACCCUGUGUUUGCCCAGCCCUGGACGCAUCUUCAUCGACAGAGGAGAGACACUGCUGGGAGCCACCUUGCCCUCCUGCUAUUGUGGAGGCCAACAAAGUUUUGAACCAAAAAAAAAAAACAAAAAACGAAAAAACAAAAACAAAAAACCAAACAAACAAUAAAUUAAAACUAGAAAAAGAAAGAAUUUAUAGAUAUAUAUAUAUUUAAGGGAAAGAAGACGAGGACUCUUCAAAGAAGAAGAAGGAGCCGCGAGGUGGAGCCAAGCCCCUGCACCAGCGGUCCAGGCCCUUGGUCCCCAAGGCGGAUGGAAGGAUGGAUGCUUCUUUCUCUUCACAAAUACCUCAUGGACGUCGUCUUCGGGAAAGCCGCAGGGGGGCGGCUGGGGCAGGGCCUGCCCCUCAGCCAGGGUGGAUGGAAGCGGGUGGGCAGGGCUGAGAGAGGGUGUCAGGGACAGGGGUGAAGAGCCCCCCAAGCUCCCCGCCCCCCCAAUCAACUGAAAAAGCUUUAAAAAAAAAAAAACAGGAAAAAAAGGAAUAAGAAAGCAAAAAAGAAUGGACGAAGGAAAACUAACAAACUUUCGGGUGGUUUGAUUCCUCCUCUGAGUUCUUUUUCUGUUCUCUUCCGUCUGUCCUGUCUCCUCCUCCUCUCUGUCUCUCCCUCUUCCUCUCUCACCUCUCUCAAUCUCCUUCUUUCUGUGUCUCUCCUCAAACCAAAGUGUUGUUGUGAAGGACGCGAGCCAUUGAAAUCAGAGCAGCCCUCGGCCCUCGGCAGGCAGGAGCAGAGGGAGGGGAGAGCCCGGGAGCGGGGCAGCGCUGCUGGACACUCCGAGGAGAGGCAGACAGAGCCUUGGACGCCACCCUGGGCCCUGAGGCCUCAGCGUUCUCUUUCUUUCUUGUCUCCCUUCUCCCACCCGGGAAUGAAACUGUUGGGCUGGGCCACGGAGGCAGCAGAGCCUCGGCUGUUUCGGAGGUCUUGGGGUGCCUUGUCUGGGCAGCGGUGGAGUGGCUGCCCCUCCCACCCUGGCCCCGAUGGGGCCUGGCCUGCCAUCCACCCAUCCUCGCCAGAAUGUAAGCAUCUCCGUUGAACCGACUCCCUGCCCUUACCCUACCUCUGAGUUUGUCCAUUUUUAUUUCCUGAAGAGAAGGGACUGGCAAGAGGGCCCGGGCCCCAGCCCAAGGGUGGACAGGGGGCCAGGGGCUCCUGAACAGAUAGGAAGGACAUUUGAGCAGAGCCAAGUGAAAGGAAUUACAACCAAAAACCCCUCCGAGAAGACAGGCAGCAUGGAAGGCAUGGUGGAGAUGACUCAAACAAAAACUGAUUCUAGACCAAAAAAAGGAGAAAAAAAAGGAAAAAAAAAAGAAAAAAAGGAAAAAAAAAGAAAAAAAAGAAAAAAAAAAGAAAAUCCAGGACUCACCACCACCCACUUCAUCCUGCUUCCUCCCCAUCAAAUCCUGCCACCUGGGACCUGUCCUCCAGCCUAGUGUGGGAGGAGUGGGGCAGAGAGGAGCGGAGGAAGCAGGGGGCAGGGAUGGGGCCGACGCCCUGACUUGGUGGAGGGACCCCUGUGCAGCUGGGGUGGUGGGGGCCCUCCCCAUCCAACCCCCAUAACUGGGAAAAGAAAAACAAAAAAAGAAAAUCCCUGGGAGGGGGAAAAAUAACCAAAUCCCAAGCUUUAACUACAGCUGUGAAACCAAAUAUUGGGAAGGGGGUGGGAGGGAGGGAGGGGCAAGUGUGCCCCAGGUCUCCCCCCGGGCCCCCUCCCUCGAGGACUCGAGAUAAGGCACCAAAUACCUCAUAGAACUUUAAUGUUAAAAAAUGGAAACCAAA